UGAGCUCUCCUGUAGUACAACUUCUUGAAACAUGGGUUGCUGCUUCAGUAAAGAACUAACUACCAGCAAAAAUAAUGAAAAAACUGGCCUGUUACAAAAAUCGGUGGAAGAGGAGGCACCAGAAAACAGGAUAAGUAAAACUUUACCUUCAAUUUUAGAAACUGUGGAAAGUAAGGAGCUGCACGCAGCAGAAAAGACAGCUAAUGGGACAGCUGCUUUAGUCAGCAUUGAGUGCAUUCAUACCGAUAAUUGCAUGGAGUCAAAUCCUAAACGUGGGUUCUGGGGUAGAAAAACAAAGUAUCGUUCAUACAGAAGUGUGGAGAACACUGACAGUAAGCAAGUCACUAAAAGAAAGUAUAACAGACCUUUUAACUUUUUUCUUUCAUUUAGUCAUAUCCUAAAGGUCUUUAAAAGAUAUGAAAAUUUGGAAAAGAGUAAAGAAAAGGAAGACUGGGAUGGCAGUGAAAGAAUAAUUGAGAAUACCAAUAGGAAUACUCAGUGUGUGAACAAUACAGAAAUCUCUCAAUGUAAUAGUCAUAAUGGAAAUAAAUAUAUUCUAGCCAGAGAGCCAUGUUCAUUGGAUUGUAUUUCUCCUUCAUGGGAACCGGUGACUCUAGACCAAGGCUCACAGGAAGAAAAUUUGGUAAAUAUGAGUUAUCUGGAAUAUUACCCAGUUAAAUGUGAACAUUCACAAACACAGAAUGAAAUAGUGGAGAAUGUUCAAGACAACAGUCAUGACAGCCAUAGAAAGAUUUCAGAUACAUCAUGCAGACAAACAGCAGUUCCAGCUUUUACCUAUAUUGAUAUAGACCAUAGACAACGUAGACGAGAGGAGUUUUAUAGUAUUUGUAUUGUAGAUGCUGAAGAUCUGAAAAUGGAUGAAGAGAUGCCAGCUACUGAGCAUGGAGCAAUUGCAGCAGACGUAGAUAAUUCAGCUGUUACAGUUGAAGGAAUGUGCAAUGUGGUAUGCCCUCUAGAUACUAGAAAAGAAUUUGCAAUCCUGCAGUCAGCACAAGUAGAAGCAGAGUUUAAUACACAGAAAGAACCCUCUGUAGGUGAAGAGGAGCAUAGGUCAAACCUGCAAAAAAAUGAAACAAAGGAGUGUCGUCAUAUGGACGUCCAAUCAUCUUAUAACGACUUACUGGCUAGCAGCUGUCAGACAUAUAAGCUAAAUAUGGACAAUAUAGCAACAGAUGGUUUAAGAGCACUGGUAUAUGAUGAGUUUCCUGAAAAUAGAAUUCAAGGAUUGGAUACACUAGAUAGUAGUGUCAGUUUAAAUGAAUCAAUUAAUAGAAACAAUAAGUCUGUAAAAUUUGUGAAUGCUCUUGGAGAAGAACGAUAUUCUUAUUCAAAAAGUGUGAAAUGUGUUGACGGCUCCACUUCUGACAUCUUAUUGGCUUUAAAUGCUAAAGAAUAUAAUUCAGGAAAGACUAAGAGAAAUUGUAACACUGAGACCACACCAUUUCAUUUAAGUGAACCUUUACUGAAAACUGAAAAGGAAGCAAAUACUAAACAAAAGUUAGAUGAUACAGGUAACUUAUGUUUCCACUUAGAAUGUCACAAAAUAGACAGUGAUUCCUUUUCAGUGAAACAAGAUCUGGAAAACCUUAGCCAAGAGGAUUCCCUACUAAAGCCAGAAAGUCAACUAAAUUCUAGUGAGAAAACAAACAAAUUUCAGACAAUGUACUGUGAAUUUAGAAAAGAGGCCCCUUUUACUAUUUGUCAACGUGACAGUAAAUUGGAACAGCUCCUGGAAGAUGAAGAGAAAUACGCAGAUGAAAUUUUGUGUAACUUGGAAAAUGCUUUGGUUGCAAACAUGAUUAAAGUACCCUCAAAAUUGAAGAGUGUGUUAGAUUUUCAAACUGAUAUGAAAGGCAGCACUGAAACAAAAAUGUCAAAUGUUUUAAGUUCUAAUACCAUGGAAGAUGACAAUCAUGUGAGCAUCAUUGGGCAAACUCCCUCAUAUCAAGCAGAUAACAUUCGUGUGGAAACUGGUUGUCUGAGGACUUCAUUAAGGGUAAGAAAUCAUACUUUAGCUUCUUGCAAACCACAUAACAUAAAUACACAUGCAAUAAUACAAAAGGAAAACUGUCUAGAAUGUCAGCUUUCACCAGCACUGCCAGAAAAUAAAAGUAAAUUAUAUGACUAUUCCAGUUCAUUUAACAAAAACAGUAUUUCCUCUGUAUCUUUUCUGGCAUAUUCAAAUGUGAAUCAAAUGGACUUUAAUUAUAAACAAGAUGAACUAUGGGAUAAAUGUUCAUUCCAUGCAAUGGAAAAUGAAUUGAGUGCUGGGACUGACCCUGCCAGAUUAACAGGUGGUGGUGUAGAAAUGGUAAAACAGCCAAAACUAGAAAUGCUUCAACGGGAGACCGUUAAUAAUGAAACAGAAAAUAGUGAGCCAGAUUCUGAAGUUACCAUUUUUGAUCGUGACAGUAAUACACUAAGUCUCAAUAGAGACUUAAUGCACAAUCAGAAUGUUUUCUCAGUUAUGCAUGAUAGACCUGUAACUUUGGAAGACUGUACAGAUGAUAGAUUAAAAAUGGGGAACAGUUUCAGAAAUCAUGAAAGAGCUAGUGAUCAGAUAUUUGAAUCUCAGAGCUGUCUGUCUCCAUCAAGUCAAAGAUCCUAUUCAGACGUUCUUCAGAAACAAGUGAGAAAGUGUGAUGUGAUAGGUAACUGUGAGGACACAGAAUUAGGAUCAGUUUACGUUAAAAGGCCUCCUGAACCUUCAGCUGCAGAACUUUCAGAAACUUAUGAAAAAUGUGUUUCAGAUCUACAGGAACCAGAAUUUCAAAGGGGUGAAGAAAAUCUGUUUCUCAAUCCAUCAAAGGAAGAAAAUGUUGAUGUUUCUAAUACAUCAACUGACCAUGAAGAAGCACAAACCAGUGAGAAUAUAAAGUGGUUGGGAACAAAGAACACUGAAUCUGAAAACAGCAGUUACAUUCUAGAUGCUGAGAUGAAAAGUGUGAAAACUAUUUCCACCGCAAAUCACGAACAGACUGAAACUUGUGAUCUGAACACAACUGAUAAAGAUUUUUGUGGGGUUUUUACUGACCCAGGGCAGGUAGAUAGAUAUGCUGCUACUCCUUCAUAUGAAUUACCUAAUGUCCCAGUUGGUGCUAGAGAACUUCAGCAAGGCAAUGAGAGGUGUGUUUUAGAUCUGAUGGAAGAUAUUUUGAAUGAAUCAGAAAAUACCUGUAAACUAGAUACACAAAAUUCCCAAGAUGAAAUGGGUUCACAGUUCUUAACUCUGCAGACUGAUGAUGUUGAUUUAACAAGUCAGAUUUUUUCUGACACCAUUUUUAGUGGUAAUAGUGAAUAUCUGAUGGGCUAUUUAUGGAAUACUGCUACUUCUAAUACAGUUAUGGAGAAUGACAGACAACACGUAACUAAUGAGAAUUUCCAGAACCACCCUCAAGAUUUGACAGUUUCUUCAUUCUCUAUAGAAAGAGAUCCUUAUCAGUUACUAGUAGCAAAAAAUGGUGGUAUUUGGGGAUGGCAAGAUGAAGAAUUGGAGUCAACCAAGGUUUCUGAGUUAAAUCCUAAUGCAAAGGUAUGGGGGAAUCAUAUGUUACAUUUGGAAGCUAGUGGUGCCACUGAUGGUAGCGUGAACAAAACCUGGGAAGAAAUACCUGACCAUCCUCCAGAUUCCUGCAAAGAAGGACUGGAUGCCAAUGGUGAUGGUGACAAAAAGCAGCAAAAUGCAGUGUUAACAGAACUGCAAGAGCCAACGCUAACAGUUCCAGGGUCGGACCAAAGAGAUAUGAACCCUUUGGCUCUAGAUAAUUCUGAGUAUGAAUCAAUACAUGAAACCACCCAGACAGGAGGAAAUGACCAAUUACAGCCAGAAGGUCAGGAAGACCUACGAGAAGUGCUUAAAAAAACACUGGAGUUCUGCUUAUCUAGAGAGAAUCUUGCCAGUGAUAUGUACCUUAUAUCACAGAUGGACAGUGAUCAGUAUGUGCCAAUAAUGACAGUAGCAAACCUUGAUCAUGUCAAGAAACUCAGUACUGAUAUGGAUUUGAUUGUGGAAGUGCUGAGAUCAUUGCCUUUAGUCCAAGUGGAUGAGAAGGGAGAGAAAGUCAGGCCAAAUCAGAAUCGUUGCAUUGUGAUUUUACGUGAAGUACCAGAAUCUACACCCAUUGAAGAGGUUGAAGCGCUCUUCAGGGGAGAUAAUUUGCCUAAAUUUAUCAACUGUGAGUUUGCCUAUAAUGACAAUUGGUUCAUUACAUUUGAGUCAGAAGCUGAUGCACAGCAGGCUUACAGAUACCUUAGAGAAGAAGUGAAAACUUUCCAAGGAAAACCAAUUAAGGCAAGGAUAAAAGCAAAGGCAAUAGCUAUAAAUACAUUUUUGCCAAAGAAUGGAUAUAGACCUCUGGACAUGAACCUCUACACACAACAGCGUUAUACAGCAUCCUUUUAUUUACCUCCAGUAUAUAGUCCCCAACAGCAGUUUCCUCUGUACAGCUUAAUUGCUCCACAGACCUGGUCUACGACACACAGCUAUCUUGAUCCAACAUUGGUAACGCCAUUUCCCAAUGCUGGAUUUAUCAAUGGCUUUACAUCACCAACCUUCAAGCCCCCUGCUUCUCCAUUGACUUCACUCAGACAGUAUCCUCCCAGAAGCAGGAAUCCUAGCAAAUCACAUCUACGGCACACCAUACCCAAUGCAGAAAGGGGACCUGGGCUUCUAGACAGUCCUACAAUAUUCAACUUUUCUGCUGAUCGUUUAAUUAAUGGUGUCAGGAGUCCACAGACAAGGCAGCCGGGGCAAAACAGGACACGGAUGCAAAAUACUACUACAAGUUAUACCAAGAGGGAUAUAGGAACUGGACGAAUGGAACAGACUAAUAUUGACUCUUCCCCUGGUUUAGGAAGAGGAAGGAAAAAUUCAUAUGGCUAUCGAAAGAAAAGGGAGGACAAGUUUACAAGAGGUCAAACGCAGUCUCCGCCACCUCCAAAGCCUCCAUCUCCUAGUUUUGAAUUGGGAUUAUCCAGCUUCCCUCCAUUACCUGGGGCUGCAGGCAAUUUGAAGACUGAAGACUUGUUUGAAAACAGACUGUCCAGUGUCAUAAUGGGAACGUCAAAGGAAAGAAACCUAAAUGUGGAUGCAAGUACAAACACUAUUCCAUCAGGAAUUCCUCGAGAGCCAUUGUUGCCAGCGUCUCCUGCUCUGUCUGGGACGUUUGAAAGGUCUCCUUCCCCAUCCCAGUCUCCUGAUGACUCCAAGGUUGUCGACAAGCAGCAGAGAGAGACACAAAGUAUGGAAAGACUUUCUUCCACGCUCAGUACUGCAUGUAAAUCAGUACAAGUCAAUGGGGCUGCCAUAGAACUGCGAAAACCUAGUUAUGCAGAGAUUUGCCAGAGAACAACUAAGGAUCCACCUACGUUGCAGCCCCAGAAAGAACAGAAGCCAAACACUGUAGCUUGUGGGAAAGAUGAAAGAAAACCCACAGAAACGAUAGAGAAAAACAGAGAACCCCCUCCCACAAAGUCAAAUCCAGGACAGCCCAAAGACCAGAGGAGACAGUCAGGGCGCAGAUCGCCCCCUCCAGCCGUUGGGAAACGUUUAAAUAAAGAACAGAACACCCCCCCAAAGUCUCCUCAGUGAAACUAAUGCUUGGGAGGGGGUUGAAAAGAGUUCUACUUCCCACAAAUUAAAACCCAUGUUCCCACUCAGAGUACAGAGAAUGAGUUGCUGGCUAGGGAGCUUGCAGUGCUGCUAGGCAUAUAGAAUGCCUGCAAGUUUUUUCUUCUAUGAAAUAAUUUUUUACCCUCUUGAGCAAACGUUCUAUUUUUCCAGGAUUUAAUUGAUCUAAACCUUAUAUUUAGGUUGGUGCUUAACUGGAGGUGAUGCUUAGUCUGAUUAUUUUCAAGAUAGAAAAUGUGUUGUCUUAAAAAAAUCAAUUUUUUUAUCAAGCCUCCUUAUGGCAAUAUGAAUACAAGCUCAAUAUAGUGAGUAUUCCUGAACUAUUAAGCAGAACUGUGCUGCUGCAAUUUUUAAUAAACUAGUCUGCAAGUAACUAUAUCUCUAAAAUGUCCAAAAGACUGAUAAUGGCAGCUAGCGUAGAGCAUGAAAAAAAGUAUAUCGUACAAAAUAGUAUGAAUAUGACCUUGAGGAUUUUUUUAUUGGGCUGCUGUUCCAAGUAUCAGUUAAUAAACUUGCACUUUUAGGUUAAACUAAUAGUUGAUUAUAGCAUUUUUUUAAAACUAAUCUUUUUUUGAUGUCUUCUGCAAAAAAAAAAAAAGUAAGUCCUCCAGAGAGCACCAAUAGAGAUUUUCUAAAAUAUUUAUGUUUGGAUGUACUGCAAGCAAGUAACCAGCUUCUCACUCCAGAAUAAAAUGAAUACUAUAAUUUACAAAUACAAAGCACAUUGUGAAUAGAAAAAAAAUUGUGAGGUCGUGAGCUUCUAUAGUGGUGAAGCCUGCUAAUGGCUGUUAUCACAAGAAAGCACAGUAGUGUUCUUGUGAUGAUCUAAACUUCCCCCUCACCAGGAUGGAGUUAACUAGUCAUUACUGUACUUUCUAGUUUAUCCCUGUGCUCAGUGUAGACUUUUUUUUAACUUGGCCCCAAGUGCUCUUUGAAAGAGUUCAUAUCUUAGUCAGCCUAGUGUUGACGUCUUCCUGUAACUACAAGCAUUGGCAUGUGGAUUUAAAUUUUUCUAACCUUGAGAGAAUGGUAUUUGUUUUUUGUGGUGGAGGAAGAGAUCCCUGCUAUUUACCUCUGGGAUGAGGUUUCUCACACUUGUAUUUACUUUAGAAGUGAUGCGCUUUCUGAAGGACAAGGAUGCACUAAAUUAGCAAGCUUCUAAUAAAGUUGAAUAUAAAUUAUUUUUGUUUUAAAAUGCCUAAAAAUUUUCUUUAAGUGUUUAAAUAGCAGGCAGUUCAGAUAAACCUCUUUCCUGCUGAAUAUAACAGUACAGUUUAUUCCACAAAAAUGUUUGUUUAAACAACUGAUUUUUUUUAAAGAAUUAUUUCCAUCCAAUAUUUAAAGACUUGAAUUUUAUUUAAACUUGAAAAUGACUUUGCCUUAACUUUUGUAUAAGACAGCUUAGAGUUAAUGAAGUCUGACCCCCUUAAGGGUUAGCAUGAGUUAAUUACAGAAUUACUCAGUUACAGUAUGUAUCUAUUGUCACUGGUCUUACUGGGUAAACAUACUGUAGUACAGGAACUAGCAGCAGUUUUUGUAAUAUACCUUAAAGAUCUUAAACAGUUGAUCUUUUUCAGAUUGUUGAAAAAUCUGUAAAUGCAAAUAGUCAAUACUGUAUUAAAUAUGUGCACUUGGAAGUGUGUGCUUUGCUUGUACAGUUGUAAAUAAUCAGAACAUAUAAAAAGGUACCCUAAAGAAAAAAAAUCUGAUAAAAAUUAUUGAUAUAUUAUAAAUGUUGCUGUUGAGCUGGAUGUAGAUAAACUAAAUGUUGUGGUUUGAAUAUUACUUUAAUUUGUUGUUUUUUGUUUUUUAUUUUAUUCUGGUGUGCUGAACUGACUCUGCCUCUUCACUGCAAAAGGGAAAUGGAAAGAAAGUCUUAUUUCAAAGCCCUCAAAUGUUUUCAUAAUAGUCUCUCUAAAAGUGUGCAUUUCAACCAAUAGGUGUUCCGUAACAUAAUGUAAAUAGCAAACUCUGGCAGUCUAGCAGUUCAGCUGAAAUUUUAAAAAUCCCAGUCAUAAAAUCAAAUAAAUUCAUUGGGAUAAUAGUUCAAAUCACCAGGAAAAAACACCCUGAAGCUUAUUUGACCACCUCUUCCAGGGAGAGUAUCCAUGCUUACGUAGAUGGAUAAUGACAUUGACUAUGGCUGUGUGUAAAAAUAAAUUAAAAAAAAAAUAAAGUAAAGUAGCAGUUAAUUUCCUAGCAAUUUUUAUACUGCAGACAUCUGAUGGCAAUGAAUUGACCUUUUAAAUCCAGCCUGCCGCUGCAGAGUUGGUUAACAUGGGCAAGAUGGGAUUUGUUUGUUCCUUGGUUAAAAAGCACACUUUGAAUUCCGUUGGAGGAGAUAGGACUCUGACAAUAGUGAACAUCACCAAAAUUUAGAAACCAGUUCUGUCAUUGGAUUUUAAUACUUAUCCUUUCCCCAGUGGGCAGUGAAAAUGGCAGCUAGACUUGUAUAUGGUUUAGGCCAGCUGUGUGAUUUGUUGUUUGCCUGCUGAAAGUAUAAAUCUCAACAGCUGCAAACAAUACAAAAUGGUCACUUACAGCACCAGUGUACAGCUAAUCAUAAUAGCCAACUGGGACAUAAGGUAAUAUAUUGAGACCAGCGGAUUGUGUUGUGCUGUUCUAAUGUAUUCUGCUGCCAUUUGUACUAGGUCAAUACACUGUAAUUACUGCUUACCCAGCAACAGUCUGUUGCAACAGGAGUUUAAACCUUGCUCUGAUGUGGUUUUAUAGCUUUUUAAAAAUAAGCAAAAGUGACCUGCCAAGUAGCUGUAUAUAAUAUACAAAAACUUAUCUUUGCUGCAUUUACUUUGAGAUUUUUCCACUCAGUGACAAAAUGGACUUUCAGAGUAGAAAGUUGUGAUGUUGCAUGCAGACUGUUGCUAUGGUUCCUAUAGCUAUUAACAUGUGGCUUUUAAAAAGUUAAAAGGAAAAAUUCCUCCCAGAAAGCAGUAUCUGAGUUACAGGUUCAGAGAUAAAGUAAUUAAAAUUGGCAUUUUAACUUGUAGGAUUGUGUGGUGAUGCUUUUCAUUUGGAAGUAUAAAACAAGUUAACACAGGAUCUGCGACUUUUGUUCCAGGAAUGUAUUUGAAACAAAGGUUGGUUUUGAGACAUAAUGUGAAUUUCAUUUCAGAUCAGUCCCCACCAUGACAUCAUAAUUUGCCACUUAGAAAUCAGUGGAAAGUGGCAAACUUUUAUGUUGCUGCAUUAUCUUCUGAAGAUUCAGCAGUUAAUAUGGAAAGGCCCUUGUUUGUGGGUGCGAUGCAGUGUAUCACAAGCAACAGCUGACUGUAAUGGUGCAUACCUAUCUCUAUAUCUCCUUCAGCUAGCGACGGUUAGGGAUUUUUAUGUGCUUUGUAACCUAUUACACUAAUAGCAGCAGACAAUCGAAGACUUUCAAGGAGAGCUAACAGCUGCCAAUUCAUGACAUAGAAGUGUAAUAUGGAAGCUUUUUUGAGGGUUUUUGUUUUUGUUCUACUUCUUCCAUUAAGACUGGAAUCAAGCUUACAUGUAAACUAUUGGUAAUUUAAGUUUCCUUUUGUGUCAUAAAAUGUAAAACUGUCUAAUUUGAAAAAUAUGUAGGUUAUGAAAAAUAAAGAUUUAGGCACUGUUGAA